AUGCGUUCUCCUACUAACUCAUCAGCUGGGUGUGAAUCUUCAGUAACUGAUCAAUCUUCAGAUGCUAAUAUUGAAAACCUUCUGGAGCAAGUUGAUGAGUAUGACUGGGGUAAUGAAGAGGACUGGGAGGAUGUGGGCACUCAACAAGGUCCUGAUACUUCAUCUUUCCAAAAGAAUGGUUGGUACCCAUUUGGAAAAUUGGAGAAUAUCAUUGCAACUAUGAUUUAUGGUUUAGCACGCAAACGGAUCAGCCGAAGUCAAUACGAGGCAAUUCACAGUGCAGUGAGCCUGGUUGGCCUCAAGUUGCCAACUUACAAAACCUUGAAGAAUAUGUUGAAAUGUGUUAAAAAAAUUCUUGGUUUGAAAUUGGUAACAAGCAUAAGUCCUUUGGAUAAUGCUUGCCAUUCUUUACCAAUUGAGGAUAUUGUGAGAUUGGAUUUGGCAAAGCCACAUGUGGCUCAAAAAUUGUCUUUUUACCCAGCAAUCUCAAAGGAUGGUGUGAUCAAACCAUUGUGA